AUGGCGGGGACAGCGCGCCAUGACCGAGAGAUGGCGAUCCAGGCCAAAAAAAAGCUCACCACGGCCACCGACCCCAUCGAAAGACUGCGGCUGCAGUGCCUGGCCAGGGGCUCUGCGGGCAUCAAAGGACUUGGCAGAGUGUUUCGAAUCAUGGAUGACAAUAACAACCGAAGUCUUGAUUUCAAAGAAUUCGUGAAAGGGUUAAAUGAUUAUGCCGUGGUCAUGGAAAAGGAAGAGGCAGAAGAGCUUUUCCGGAGGUUUGAUAAAGAUGGAAAUGGAACAAUUGACUUCAAUGAAUUUCUUCUCACUUUAAGGCCUCCAAUGUCCAGAGCCAGAAAAGAGGUAAUUAUGCAAGCUUUCAGAAAGUUAGACAAGACUGGAGAUGGUGUCAUCACAAUUGAAGACCUCCGCGAGGUGUACAACGCAAAGCACCAUCCCAAGUACCAGAACGGAGAAUGGACUGAGGAGCAAGUGUUCAGGAAAUUUCUGGAUAACUUUGACUCGCCCUAUGACAAAGAUGGACUGGUGACCCCUGAGGAGUUUAUGAACUACUACGCGGGGGUGAGUGCGUCCAUCGACACCGAUGUAUAUUUCAUCAUCAUGAUGAGGACCGCCUGGAAGCUCUAA